UUCAGUGUGGGGACGUACACUCACCGUCCUCCUCCUCUUCUUCAUCAUCAAGUCAACGCCUGUGCGUGCCUCUCCCCUCUCGCCUGCAUCAUGUCUUCCAAGUGGUCGGGCGGCUCCCUGCUGCGUGUCCCGCUGGGUCUGGUGAACAGCGAAGCCAAGUACCUGACGGCCGAGGCGUUCGGCUUCAAGAUCAACGCGUCGGCCGUCAGCCUGAAGAAGAAGCAGACGUGGACCCUGGAGCAGGACGGCGACGACGGCAGCGACUGCGGCGGCGUCGUCUUCCUGCGCUCUCACCUGGGCCGCUACCUGGCCGCCGACCGGCACGGCAACGUGACGGCGGACAGCGAAGGGCGCGCCGCCGCCGACUGCCGCUUCGUCUUGGCAGCGCACCGGGACGGCGGCUGGUCGCUGCGCUCCGAGCCGCACGGCCGCUACCUGGGCGGCACGGAGGACCGCGUCGCCUGCUUCGCGCAGGCCGUCACGCCCGCCGAGAUUUGGAGCGUCCACCUGGCCGUGCACCCGCAGGUGAACCUCUACAGCGCGGCGCGGAAACGCUUCGUCGGCCUGAGCCCCGCCCGCGGCGCGGUGUCCGCCGACCGCGACGCUCCCUGGGGCGUGGACGCGCUGGUCACCCUGGUGUACCGGGACCGGCGCUACCACCUGGGGACGGCCGACAACCGCUUCCUGCGGAGCGACGGCGGCCUGGCCCCAGCCCCCGGGCCGGACACCGGCUACGUGCUGGAGUUCCGCUCCGGCAGGGUUGCGUUCCGAGACGCGGCCGGCCGCUACCUGGCGCCGUCCGGGCCCACCGGCACGCUCAAGGCCGGGAAGGUGAGCCGGGUCGGGAAGGACGAGUUGUUCGGGCUGGAGAGGAGCCACGCGCAGGUGGUCCUCACCGCCGGGAAUGGCAAGAACGUCUCCACCAGGCAAGGCAUGGACCUGUCGGCCAAUCAGGACGAGGAAGGUGACCAGGAAGUCUUUCAGCUGGAGAUGAGCCCCGAGGACAGGAAGUGCUCCUUCAGGACGUCGGCCGGCAAAUGCUGGACGCUGACGCCCACUGGCGGCCUGCAGUGCGCCGCCGCCGACAAGUCUGCCAACACUUCCUUUGAACUGGAGUGGCGCGAUGGUCACGUUUGUGUACGUGCGGCUAACGGAAAAUAUGUGACUGCUAAGAAGAAUGGACAACUCGCCGCCACGGUCGACAACAGAGGGGAUGCAGAGCAGUUCUUCGUAAAGCUGAUCAACCGUCCCCUCAUCGUCCUUCGCAGCGAGCAUGGUUUCAUCGGCUCUCGCAAGGCCGGUGGCGCCACGCUGGAUUCCAACCGGGCGUCCUACGACGUCUUCCGCCUCCACUUCCAGGACGGGGCGUACGCCCUCCAAGACUGUGAGGGCAAAUGGUGGUGCGUGGGCGAGGACGCAACGGUGUCGUGCGGGAGCGCGUCCACUCACUUCCUCUUUGAGCUGUGCGACGUGGACAAGAUGGCGGUGCGUGUGGUCGGUGGCAAGUACCUAAGGGGCGACCACGCCGGUGGCCUCAAGGCCAGCGCCGACUCCCUGGAUGGCGCCACGCUCUGGGAGUACUGAGCAACCACAGCCCGGGUGUGUCAUUGGGACUUUUAUUGGAGGGGUGGGCAAAUUCAUCCGCCCAACAUUUCUUGCAGUGAUUUGGAAGUUUUUCCCUAAAAUGGAUUGGUUGGAAUUUAUCUAUUCAAAAUGAGGAUAAGCGGUAUAGAAAAUGGAUUGACAUUUAUUUCCAUUUGUAUCCAAUUAUUUCACUUUUUUUUAUUCAUAUAGCUCAUCAAAUAACUGGUUAACUGAGUUGAUGUGAAUAAUAAAAUAGUAAAACAAACAAUAUGCAUUAAUCUAGCCAGGUUUCCAGUAAAACUGGUUAAAUAAAAGGAAAUCAAUUCACUUGCUUUAUUUAUUUAUGUCAUGAAGUAAUUGGUUAAUUGAUUUAAUUUAAAAAAUAGUAAAAUAAAAAUGAGGAUUAAUUUGUAAUUUUUUUCUGAAUAUUGGUCAAUUAAAAUGUAUAUUUUCUUUUAUUAGUUUUUUAUUCUUUUAUUUCACUAACUAAACGGUUAAUUUAUUUAUUGUAGAUAAAGAAAAAAUAAAAUAUUGGUUUAAUAAACAAAAUGUAUUAAUUUUUUCCCUAAAAUUGGUUCAUUCUUAUUUUAGUCACUAUUUGAUUUUUAUUAAUUUAUCUCAAUGAAUUGAUUUAUUUUGAUGAAUAAAAUAAAAUAAAGUAAAAUGCACAAUUUUACAUGUAGCUUUUAAAAAAAUGAUCUAUUCCAGUAAAUCAUUGGUUAAUCAAUUACAAUACAUUCAUUAUAAAUAAGAAAAAAUGGCAAUAUUGUUUCAUCAUGAAGAUAAAGUAUUUUACAUAUAUACUUUCUCUUUUUUUAAAAAAUUGAGUUCAUCUUGGAGUGACGUGACCCAUCCAUUUUCAAAAUCUUAAGCGCAAAAGUUUGCCCUCCCUGCUUUAUUGUGACGGUGACACAAAAUCAACUUUGUUAUUUCUUGCACAAUACAGCCGAACCUCCAAAGUUGAACACCAUCUAACCCAGAUUUUUUUCUUUCGGAUUUCAAACCCCCCCCCCACCGAAGGGAUAAUGGAAAAAAGCCAAAGAAAAAGCCAAACCCCCCCCCCACACACACACACACACAGUUAAUCCUUCGGCCGGCAGUUCAAUUUUGGAGUUUCCGCUGUGCUGCUGUUGUUGUGCCUAUUGUUCUUGUUGUUGUUGUUGUGCUGUCAAAUAAACAUAUCCCGCAUAACCAAUGAAGUUCAAUAGCUAACCUGUUACAUGUGAUUAGCCAGUGUUAAAAAAGGUGAACAUAAAGUUCAGAAAGUGUUGUCAAAGAUACACAAAAGAAAUUUCAAGACAUUUUUGCACAAUUGUUUCAUUGUGCCUUUCUUCAUAUAUUGAU